UUAAAUGUUCUUCCAGCCCCUGGUGCAGUCUCCUUUGAAGAGGUCCUCCUGCGUCCUUGCCCUUUAUUUUCUAAUUUGGAAAGAGGAAAGUGGAGGGGGGAGGGGGGCUUUUGGCAUGUAGUGCUGUUGGUCCUGCACUGAGGAACAAAGUUAGUCAAACUUGCCUGCUACAAGCUGGCUCUUUCCUCUUUGUCUGAUUGCAGUGGGGGAUUCCUUCAGGGCUGGUUUUGUGUGGCUUCUUGCUCGGAAAGUGCUUUAGAGUUGUCAUUUUGGAUCCGCUCAUUUUAGAGGUGGACGUGGAUUUUUUCCAUCAUGAAGCCGGCUUGGGACAAGCGUAUUUUUGAGGGCCAUGUCGAGAGUCUCAAAAACGGACAAAACAAACUCCCUGGACAAGCUCCAGGGGGGGUCCCAGGAGUGAAUACUGUUAGUGAGCCCUCACAAAGCACCAGUUCAGAUUCCCCAGAUAAGAAGUUACUCUCAGCUGCAGCCACACCAAGUGGGUGUGUGCAAAAUCCAUUGCUGCUGACUCCAGCCAGCCUCCAACUCGCUCAGCUUCAAGCUCAGCUCACUCUCCAUCGGCUGAAGUUGGCCCAGACAGCCGUGAACAGCAACACCGCAGCAGCAGCCACUGUCCUCAACCAGGUUCUCUCCAAUGUGGCGAUGUCUCAGCCCCUGUUCAACCAGCUGAGGACCCCUGUUAUGAUCAGCACCCCCCACGGUCACGCUGGUGGUGCCCAGCUGGGCCCGGCCUUUGGCCCCAGCACUUUGCCCUUCCCUCCCCAGGUGGUUGGCGGAAGCUUCGUGAGAGGUGGGGGCCUCCAAGGUCAAAACACCAACGUCAGGCUCGGCCACAUGGGAGGUGGGUCACCGCAGCCUCUCAGCCAACAUGCGUCAGAGUACGGGAAAAAAUCGAACCUUCCACCUGGUGCGCCAUUCCUCUCGAACAGCGACAGAUGUGGCCAGUUUGGCUUCCUUGGUGGGAUGUCUGGCGCCCAGAACAAAACCCAUGACAGCCAGUAUGCACCUCUCAGCACACAGGCCAAGGCCACCAGCGGUGGUAGUUUUCAGAGGGAUUUUACUGCAUCAGAUGACCGGGGCCCCCCUUCUGGGUUCACCGGAGAGCAGAAUCUGGAUUCGUUCCCUUCAAGCAAUCACAAGGAUCACUGGCAAAUUUCCAGCAGUUUCCCUCAUGCAGGAAACCUGGAGAUGGCUCCGAAUGCUGGUGGUGCGUGGGCAAACACCAGCCAGAAGUUCCACACCAGGGGCGAACUGUACAACCCAGAGGAGCCCACCACGGAUGCCAAGUUCAACCCUGUUGGUGGGCCAGUCUUUAGUGCCGGCCCCCAGGGGUUUGUGGGAUACCAACCAGGUGAAGAAGCUCCCCAGGCAGCGCCGAUGCCUCUGCUGCCCCAUCAACUCAAUGACUUCCAUGCUGUCACUCCAUCACUCCUGCCGCACCACUGCACUAUCUGUGAUAAGAAGGUCUAUAAUCUCAAGGACUGGGACCAGCAUGUGAAAGGGAAACUCCAUCUACAGAACCGUGCUCUCUACUCAGAAGGCCCGGCCGUCGGAUCUAUUCAUUUUCCUGCAUCUACUGAAGGAUGUGUGAGCUCCCUAGCUAACAACUCCAUGGCUUAUUCUGCAGCUGCCAGUCAAGAUGCAUCUUCUGGACCCUACUUUUCUGCAGCACCUGUGAAAACACAUCUCUUGCCAGGAGUGGGAUACUCAUUGCCUCAGACGGGGUCAAAGUUCCCCCUUAGGAAGACCACCCCGGGUCGAGUGGUUCAUAUCUGUAACUUGCCAGAGGGCAGCUGCACAGAAAAUGAUGUCAUCAACCUGGGUCUUCCAUUUGGCAAAGUUACCAAUUACAUCCUCAUGCGAUCUACUCACCAGGCCUUUUUGGAAAUGGCUUACAUCGAGGCUGCACAGGCAAUGGUGAAGUUCUACCAGCUGCAACCAGCAAUGAUCAAUGAGCAGAAGCUUCUCAUCCGAAUGUCGAAGCGAUACAAGGAGCUUCAGCUGAAGAAACCAGGCAAGGACGUGGAAUCCAUUAUCCAGGAUAUUAAUUCUCAGAGGGAAAGAGAUGAGAUGGAGCAGAUUGACCGUUACCCAGUGGAGCGCGCCAGGUCACGCAGCCCCGUCAGCCGCUCCCUGAGCCCACGUUCCCACAGCCCCAGCUUUACCUCAUGCAGCUCAACACACAGCCCGCCAGGUGCGGCCUGCCGCGGGGACUGGAACAGCGGCCUGGGCCCCCGGCGGGGCUCCUGGGACUGGUCUUCGCAAGCGAUGCGGGAGGACGAGCGCGAGGAGGCGUGCUGGAGGAAUGGUGACGACGACAGGCCCAACGGCAGGAUGUGCGACAGGAGGAAGCCCUACCUCAAGCUGACAGACAGGAUGAGCCCCAGGUCGGCAGAGGAGUGGGCUGACUGCCUGAGGGGGGGCCGGGAUCGCUACCCCAGGGGUAGCCCUCAGAGCUUGCCCUUCUCAUCAUACAGAAGCAAGGAGGAGGACUUUUACAAGAAGGAGUUUGCAUAUAAGCCAGAGAAGCUCCAGCGGGUACCCUACCAACGUCACGAAGCCAAGUCAAAAAGAAAAGACUCCUCGGAGCAUUACAGGUCACGACACGUGGAGGUGGAGCUGCUGGAGGAUCCACCGGCCCCACGGAUACUGGAGGACAGGAAACCAGCAUCACCCGCAAAGGGGAAGAGCAAGAAGGUUCAUCGCAGGCAGGAAGUGAGAGGCGACGACAAGGAGGCAGAAAGCCAAGAAGUGACGGAGACUCAGCAAAAGGAUGCAGCCACAACGCCGCCCCACCCCACAAGUGAACGGGACAAAGAGAGCCAGGUGGAGCAGUGGGAGAGUGGAGAUGAGGAGAAGGAGGAAGAGGAGUCCUGGUACCCGAGGAACAUGGAGGAGCUGGUAACCGUUGACGAGGUGGGUGAAGAAGAAGACGAUGGCAUGGUGGAACCCGACCUCCCGGACCUUCAGGAGGAGGCCAAGGUCGAGGCCGACCCGGAAACAUCCCACUGCACUUCUUCUGAGAGUCCCGAGAAAGGGGGGGUCCCAAACGAAAUUACUCAGGAUGGGACUGCGCCAUCACAGGAGAUGACAGGGACGCCGCCGUCUGAUGCCAGCACGGGCACCAAAGAUUCUCCCCCCGACUCAGGGACCACGGGGCAGUCUGACCCAGAACCCAGCCAGGAGCUACAGGUAGCCUCCCAAGAGACAUGCAGCUGCACGGACCCGGACGUACCUGAGGCCCAGCCCCUGCAGGAGUGCCCUGCAGGUCCCCAGGGCGGGAGUGAGGCCACCCAGUCUACACACACACUCAGCAGCAGGGCGGAGACACCGGCGCCUGUUACCCUGGAGGCAGACAAUGAGGCUCCACGCAAGGAGGACCCAUCAGGAGAGAAGCCCAAGGAAGAGUUGCAGAAUCCGUCCCAAAGCCCAACAGAUGAUGGAGUCAAACCGGUGCCGUUGGCCACGUGGGAGCACGACAAGGUUUUGGGCGAGCGCAGCAUCCCAUUGGGGGUGGAAUUCAUCGUGCCCCGCAGUGGCUUUUACUGCAAGCUCUGCGACCUGUUCUAUACGAGCGAGGAGACCGCCAGGACAUCCCACUGCAGGAGCACCGUGCACUACAGGAACCUGCAGAAAUAUCUGUCUCAGCUAGCCGAGGAGAGCUUACCGAGCACGAACGCGAGUCCGCCCUAAACCCAGCAGACAUGUCGUGGGGGGGGGGGCAAGGCUCUGCCAGUGAAACCAGUCACAGUACAUGCUAAGCUGUGUCUGGAUUCCAGCGGGACACGCCCAAGGCACCAAGGCUCUGUUCAAACAUCACAGUUCUGCACUUGGUCUCGGUCGGAAAAAGACUUGGCCCGAACACGAGAGUGACCCAUUCACCUAUGGUGGGUGAUCUGCCCAAAACUGAACAUACUGUACAUUUUGGACUUGUGAAUGGUACUGCAGAUUAACUUUAUUCUGUUAGCCCAAAAUCCAAUACACUUCUUGUCCAAAUCAACAUAUCUUGAACCUGCGAAAGAAUUUAUAGGUGGUCCCUAUAUGAAGUGACUCGUACCAAGUGCCUAAAGGAACCGCCGACCUUUAGCUGGAGAAAUCCUGCAGAUUUCAGGGUCUUUUCGCUGCUCUGCAGAGCAGUGGGCUUGCUGGGGCCUCGUGGCAGUACAUGUAAAUGCACUGUUAUUUUUUUGCUUUGUACGUAGUGUGUGACGGAUUUUAUGAGAUGUGUCUUCUGUGGUCAUCAGCCUCCUUUCACGGGAGGAUUCACUGUGUGGGCGUCAGGCUGCACAGAAAUGAGACUGAAAUUAAAUUAAACUUCUGCUUUUUCAGAAUUUCAGAGUUUGCACAGCAAAGUGCAGCCAGUUUUCUGUCAGUUUUAUUUUUCUAGUUGUUUUGAAGAUGUUUGAUCAGACCAGUGGUGCAAAAAUACUACUGUUGAGCUUAUUUUAUAAUUUGCAGAAUGUAUUUUAAUUGUAAUUAUUAUUUAUAAAUUUGUUACAUCGGAAUAUCAUUUCAUAGGGCCAUAAAUAUGAAGCAAAGAUUUGGCUCAGACAAGGUGCUCAUGUACAGAAUGUUUAGAAUGCUCUGUAGUCUACAGUGACGCUGUUGUUUGCUCCAUUAAAUGGGUUAGCCGUAGAUCCUAGAUGGAGCGAAUUCAGUCUCUCCAGGAAUAGCCUACUCCGUGCUGCAGGGUGCAAACCCUUUGCCUCUUGGCAGUGACGUAAAUGCCAAAUAUCAGGGGAAUAGACCCGAAGCAACCCAGUGGGAAACAAGCAGGUGUCGGUGUGACAUUCAAAACAGGUCUGACUGUUUCACUUUCCUGUUGUUACACAGGUACCAAGGGGUCAUUUAUUCACUGCUAGUAUUCCUUGUCUAUAUGUGUGCGAAUGGCCAGUGUAUCACAGAUAAAGCAGGUCUGAGUCUCAGUUCCACAUCAGGCUCUACACCUCAGCUUCACUUCAGCAGGUGGCUCUGCCUUGUUGCAAGUGUACAAAAUUAACAAUCAGUUAAUUUUUAGAAUGCAGUGGUGCAUUAUGGGUACUGAGCACACUGUAUUAACCAACAACGGCACAGAAAAACUAACCAACAGAUCAGACACAAGGGAAGAUAAGAUUAUUUUUUUAGUUUUACCCAAGAUGUGACACAAUAUGUUUUUGAUGUAUCCAUAUUGUGAAUAAUGAAACAAGAAAUGCAAUCAUUACCAGGUCAGAGAUUUAUGACAUGCUGACAACAUAACUUUGAUAAAAUGCUGUGACUGGAGACAUACUUGAACUGGACCAUGUUUGUAAUUUAAAAUUAAAAAAAGUGAAAUUAUUUGUGAUGGAAAGAGGUGAUGAACACUGAAUUCUAACAUCUUUCUGUUUUAUAUACUGUGAAAACCAUUACAUCCAUAAUUAUGUGGGUUGUAAUUUAAUUGUUGAAUAUUUUGAGACAUUCUUAAAUAAAAGUUGAAUAAAAUAUUUAAGAAGAGUAUA